CUGCUUUGUGUUUCCUAAAAAGUAUUAUUUGAUGGUAGUGCUAAACUCCGAAUAAAGCUUUUACAACACAAAAAUGGGACGAACCAAAGUAUAUACAUCAGAAGGUCAAGUUAUUUGGGUUGCAAAGAGUGAUGGAAGAUCAUCUAAUACUCACCAACCUGAGCGUACCCCAGAGGUGCUGUUUGAGUUUCAUGAUCUGGAGCAACCACAAGAAUUAUCCGAUGUGGGAAAAUACGAGUCAGAAUACGUGGAAGAGGUUGUUCUAGAGGAUGAGAUGGCCGAGCAUAGAGAUGAUGCUGCCGACCAAGGUAGCCUACAGACCUUUACGUCGCAUCGGGGCGCCACCAAGGCUAGGGUCACAGACCUACGGUAUAAUUUGGCGAAAUGGUCAUCAACGAAUCGCGUCUCGAAUGACGCCAUGGAUGAUCUACUGGGUUUGCUGAAGAAACAUCGCGUUCCAGGCUUGCCUGAUAGCAGUACAAGUCUUCAGUUGUAUCUCAAAUCUGAUAAAUCAACACGAGCAUUUGUCGAUUCCGAUUCGGAUCAAAGCGAUAAUCCGCCCAGCCCUGACCGUUCGAAUGCAUCACGAGUAAACCGGAAAAGAAGUGUAGGGCCAGAGCAGAAUACAUUAUCGGUAAACGUAUCCGAUCUGACUGAGCUUUUCAACAAAAUGGAUGUUAUUGACAGAAAACUGGAUAUGCUGACUGAGAACGGAGAAGCACACAGUGAGAUGCUUCGGCAUGUAUUAACUGAAAUAGCAUCGGUUAAAGCGUCCGCAAGCGUGAACAAAGGAGACCUAUUAGAUUAUGAGGAUACAACGCGCCGUAUUGUUUUACCUGUGGAAAGUCAAGCUAAACUGGACAAUCUGGAGAUUUUCUCAAAACAGCGGGAAGGAAGGGCAGCACUGCGCAAAACAUUCAACGAUGAAACUUCAAAUGAUCCUUACGAUUUCCUGCGCACUAAUGUGGAUCGAGUGUUCAUGCACGCGGAACACUAUUCGUGGACGGGCAAAAUUGCACAUAACGCAAAAUACGAAAAGCAAAUGCGAGCUGCUUGUAACCUGAACAUUAUUCGUAUUCUGAUUGAUGUGACGAUGCAGCGAUUCAACAUUUCGCGUGAUGAUUGCAUUCAAAAGAUAGUGAAGGUUUUCCAAAACUUCAAUGCCAAACUUCAUGCCAGACAAAAGCGGGCAAAAGAAGGUAUUAAUACACCGCCGAAGGUUCCAAAUCCCAUGGUCAAGAAAAUAGUAGCCGAAUAAUGUGGUAAGUACAGGAGUAUGAUUACUUUAGGAAACUUUCUACUGGGAAGUAAUUGAUGUUAUAUGUUAUACUCCGCAAAUUGCUUUUCACCAAAUUCUGUUGAUGUCAUUCUUCAAUACCAAUAAGACAGCUUGAUAUUAUUCAAGAAACAAAUAAAACGAUGUAAGAAAAACA